AUGGACGACUCUAGAUUUCUUUAUAAGCCGUUAGCAGAUGAAGACUUUGCAUUAUUCAACAAGCAUCAAAAAUCUAUUGAUAGAGAAGUUCGAAAAACAUUUCCAUCGAUUCCAGCCAAUUUUGAACUGAAACCAGUGCUCGUUCGUAAUCUAGAAGCCUGUGGCACGAUCCAUAAUUUCAAGAUCGCUCUACCGAACAAUGAAUUUGCCAAAAUUUCUUUUCUCACAGGCGGGUUUAUUAUGAGACCACCUGGUGAAACAGGACCUUAUCAGCCACCAGAACCAAAUAUCUCCGUUGACGAAACAUUAACAUCAACAGCUGAUGCUGAUUAA